AUGGAGUUUUUCAAGGAGCUUCUUCGAACGUCGAAAAAGGAUUUCCACGAAAUGUUUCUUCGCACUUACGGUAUGCUGUACGACAGGAAUUCUUUCAUAUUUAAUGACAUGUUCAACGAUCUUGAGAAGUAUUAUUUAACGGGUGGUGUGGACCUCACAGCAGCUCUGGACAGCUUUUUCGAUCGUUUGUACAGAAAAAUGUUUCAGGUGCUAAACAGUCAAUACAGCUUCAAUGAUCUAUACAUGAACUGCAUCAGCCAACAAAUGGACGAGCUAAAGCCAUUCGGAGACGUGCCAAAGAAACUCACCGUCGAAGUGAAACGAUCCUUCGUGGCCACCAGGACGUUUGUGCAAGCCCUUUCCAUAGGAAGAGAUGUUGUUAAGUUUGUGCAAGAGGUUGGCCCGACCGCCGAGUGCAGCCGUGCCCUGAUGAAGAUGACGUACUGCCCGCACUGUCGAGGACUAGCGGACACUAAACCCUGCUCCAAUUAUUGCCUAAACGUGAUGCGCGGAUGCCUGGCUUACCAUGCAGAAUUGCAUCUCGAGUGGAAUAAUUAUAUAAACGCCAUGAUGAUGCUGGCCUCUCGUUUGGAGAGCUCCUUCAAUAUCGAGUCAGUGGUGGAUCCGAUCGACAUCAAAAUUUCGGACGCCAUCAUGAAUUUUCAGGAAAAUGGUCAAGCGGUCUCCCAAGAGCUCUUCAAGCACUGUGGCAAACCUCGCCUCGGCAAACGCGAUGCCCGACACGAGCUCAACUUCGAAACUUUGAAAUUUGGUCAUCGCGAAAACGCAGUCCGUCCAACUACAGCGGCAGGUACCAGCAUCGACCGCCUGGUUCAAGGUAUAAAGAAGAAAAUCAAGAAAACUAGGAACUUCUGGGUUCAGCUGUCCAAGACCAUGUGCAACAAUCCUCAAAUGGCUGGAGACAACAAGGUGCUACCGCAGGAUGACUGUUGGAACGGACUAAAUAAAGCAAAGUAUGAAACGGAAUUGAUAGGAGAAGGCCUCGCCAACCAGACAAGAAAUCCGGAAGUGAAUUUAGAUGUAUCUCGACAGAAUUCCCUCAUCAACCAGCAGAUCCUCACCCUGAAACUCAUCACAACCAAGCUGACGCACGCUUACAAUGGGCUCGAUGUAGAAUGGCAAGACGCAAGCGAUUCAGAUUGGAGUUCAAGUGGAAGUGGCAGCGGCAGCGGAUUUGGCGAGGAAGAACCCACUGACAGUUUUGGCGAUAUUUAUUUCUCCACUCCAUCUUCGCCAACGCACUUGAUUCCCGAUCACCGAACACCGCCAAAAGUUUCUUCAUCAUCUACUAGAUGGCAGCACGAUACUCUUAUUAUGUUCGUUCUUCUCAUCUCUCCUCUCGUUUGGAAUGUACUGCAGUUUACAAAGCCUCCUUCAUACGUUUAACGAAGACUGCAUAUUUAGGCUUCGGAUCUCAAAUAAGUGCUUCCUAACUGUGCUAAAGAGCUCUUGAAAUGAUGCCUUGUUAUGGACACACGAAGACUUUCUUUCGAACAUUUUACGAAAGCAAUCUUCUAUUUUUUUUCCUCAAACAAAACACAGUAAGAAGUAUUUCAAUGUGAUGUAAAUAGUAAACGAUACGCUUUACCCUCGUACUACACUGCAUCCCAAUUGCUCAAUACGUACAAAUAUUUAUAUAUGUAGUUAAAACAAAAAAUUAUUUUCCCUUUUUUUUUUCUUUCUUUCUUCGGCAUAACAUUUUGUUUAGUAGUAGUCGAAGUUGCAGGGCAUCUAUUGAAAUUUCUCCUUCCUCCGUCACUACACUCAAGAGGCAAGCUAAUUUAAUACUAGUUAUGCAACUACUUUAAUGUGUAUUGCUUUUAUGAAGAUGACUACAAAAGUAUUUGAAUUGCGUUUCGUUUUCUUUUCUUAUUUUUUUCUUUUGGAAUGUAUUCUACUUUUUCUCUAAAAACUCUUACGUCGAAAAUACAUAUCAUAUUUAUAGAACCUAGUUUUCAUGUAUUUCAAUUGUUCAAACUUUUCCUCGAUUCCAAAUUUCCAUAUUGUAUACUACUACGUACUAUUUUAAAUGCUACGCUAAAUUACACCUAAAUGAGAAUAGGUAGUCUUUGCCAGCUAUUCUCAAGCAAAACAAAUUUUAAUUUUUAAAUAGUAUACCCGAAAACCGUGUCUUAAUUUUUCUUUUCUAUGGUGACAGACAGACGCACAUGUACUUUUUAUCUCAAAACCCUAUUUUCAAUAUUUAUUUAAUUUGUUUUAAACUUUAUUUUCUCUUUAGCGAUAUUUUAGCAAUAGGUUAAGUCUUCUUUUUCAUAUGUCUUUAUUCAUUGUUUUUUACUGUUACAGAAAAGUUGACUGAUAAAAAAGAAAAAAAAAUAUCAAAUACUCAUUCUAUGCCCUAUUAAACCAACGAAUAUGUGCUGGAAUUUUAAUGCUAUUAAUCUUCAGUGCUUAAACUUAUGUUUAGACCAGUGGCACCGUUGGCCGCACGUGACCCGUGAACGUGAUCCACGUGGCCCCUUCUUUUGUUCAAUAUUACAAAUAGAAAAAAUAUUCUAAAAAAUUCUAAACAACCAAUGCUCUUAAUUCGAUAGUAAGAGCGGUCGUUGCAAAAUCGGGGCCGAAUGGUCGGAAAAUUGUUUCUAAAAUGCAGAAAGAAAUUUCGUAUUCGUUAAAAUAAGCAUAUAGUAAAUGAAGACGAAUUCUUGGUUUGUAAUUUUUCUUUCUUUUCUGUACUUUCCUAUGUUAUCUAGCAAGAGAAUCAAAAGAAUUUAAAUUUUGCAUGCAUCCUGACAGACCAGAGUCAUUUUAAUAAUAUGUGUGACCCUGGGGUAAAAAAAAGUUAGGCACCACUGAUAUAGAUCAUGCUUUCAAUUUUUAUAUGAAUAAAAUACAGAAAAUGCCUCUAUUGCGGACACUAGCAGGACAAAUUUCUUGGUCCCCAAUAGAGCGGGUGUCCACGGAACAGGGGUUUAAUAAUUUCCUUUGCCUUUGAAUCGGGAAAUUAAAUAUUGUCCGCACAGGAGGGUUGUCGUUAGGAGGGGUUCUACUGUAUAUACAUUCUUACCCCAAUAAUUUUAAAUUAAAAUCUUAAUUUAGACUGCACAUUACUUAUAAGGAGCUUAUUUGGAAGCCUGUAAACGAGGAUCAAGCGUAUGUAAAAAAGAAAAGUAUAGAAAAGUAUUUCAUUGAAGUGAUCGUUAAGUCUUUAAUAAUGUAUUGUACAAUAUGAAUUUCCUAGUAAUGCUCAAUUGUGAUAUGUCAUUGAGCCUGUCUUUUUUUUUUUUUUUUUUGUGAAUUUUCUAUUUUACAUGUUUUUUCCCCUGAUCAUCAUAAAAAUUCUUAAAGUGAGAAAUUGCAUGAAAACAGCAAAUUGUCAUUAUUUUUAUACUAGAAUCUCCCGAUGAAGAUCAUUCAUAUCGUCGAUGAAACAAUGAAUUGUGCUAAGAGACUUUUAGUACUUAGUCGUUGAGAAGAAAUUUAGUCAUAAUACUUUCUCAUCGUGCAGGUGCUUACAUCUGUAAAAAUUGUAUAUUUCAAUUUGAAAUAAAUCGAUAUAGUGUUGUUCAUUUA